GGGUCAGACGCACCAGAACUCCGGGAACCCGUGGUCUGUGUUCCUCACGCAUCCACCUCUCAGGACCAUGAACAGGAGGAUUCUCUUGCUGGGCUUACUCGUGCUCCCGUUGCUGCUGCUGCCCCCACCCCGGGUCACACUCGCUGUGGACCCCGAGGCUCCAGCGCCGGUGAACCCCUGUUGUGACUAUCCAUGCCAGCACCAGGGCAUCUGUGUCCGCUUCGGCCUAGACAGAUACCAGUGUGACUGCACCCACACGGGCUAUUCGGGCCCCAACUGCACCGUCCCUGAGCUAUGGACCUGGCUUCGAGAUUCACUGCGGCCCAGUCCCUCUUCCCUCCAUUUUAUGCUCACCCAUGGGCGUUGGCUCUGGGAGUUUAUCAAUGCCACUUUUAUCCGUGACAUGCUCAUGCGGUUGGUACUCACAGCACGUUCCAAACUUAUUCCCAGCCCCCCCACCUACAACCUAGCGCAUGACUACAUCAGCUGGGAGUCCUUCUCCAACCUGAGCUAUUACACUCGGAUUCUGCCUUCUGUGCCCCAAGACUGCCCUACACCCAUGGGAACCAAAGGGAAAAAGCAGCUGCCAGAUGCCCAGCUCCUGGGACAACUCUUCCUGCUCAGGAGAAAGUUUAUACCUGACCCCCAAGGCACCAACCUCAUGUUUGCCUUCUUUGCACAACACUUCACCCACCAAUUCUUCAAAACAUCUGGCAAGAUGGGUCCUGGUUUCACCAAGGCCUUAGCCCAUGGGGUAGAUCUUGGCCACAUUUAUGGAGACAAUCUGGAACGUCAGUAUCAGCUGCGGCUCUUUAAGGAUGGGAAACUCAAGUACCAGGUGCGGGAUGGACAGAUGUACCCACCAUCGGUGGAAGAAGCCCCUGUGUUGAUGCACUACCCACAGAACAUUCCACCCCAGAGCCAGAUGGCUGUGGGCCAGGAGGUGUUCGGACUGCUCCCAGGGCUCAUGCUCUAUGCCACACUGUGGCUGCGUGAGCACAACCGUGUAUGCGACCUGCUGAAGGAGGAGCACCCUGCCUGGGGCGAUGAGCAGCUCUUCCAGACAGCGCGCCUCAUCCUCAUCGGGGAGACUAUCAAGAUAGUGAUCGAGGAGUAUGUGCAGCAGUUGAGUGGUUAUUUCCUGCAGCUCAAGUUUGACCCAGAACUGCUGUUCAGUUCCCAGUUCCAGUACAGCAAUCGCAUCUCCAUGGAGUUUAACCAGCUGUAUCACUGGCACCCACUCAUGCCUGAGACUUUCCAGGUGGGCUCCCAGGAGUACAGCUAUGAACAAUUCUUGUUCAACACCUCCAUGCUGAUGGACUACGGAGUUGAGACAAUGGUGGACUCCUUCUCUCGCCAGAUUGCGGGCCGGAUUGGUGGUGGUAGAAACAUGAAUCAUCACAUCCUUCAUGUGGCUGUGGAAGUUAUCAAGGACUCACGAGAGCUGCGUCUGCAGCCCUUUAAUGAAUAUCGCAAGAGGUUUAACAUGAAACCCUAUACCUCUUUCCAGGAGCUCACAGGAGAAAAGGAGAUGGCAGCUAAGUUGGAGGAGUUGUAUGGACACAUUGACGCCAUGGAAUUCUACCCAGGGCUGCUUCUUGAGAAGUGCCAUCCAAACUCUAUUUUUGGGGAGAGUAUGAUAGAAAUUGGGGCUCCCUUUUCCCUCAAGGGUCUUCUAGGAAACCCCAUUUGUUCCCCAGAGUACUGGAAGCCAAGCACAUUUGGUGGUGAAAUGGGUUUCAACAUUGUCAAGACAGCGACACUGAAGAAACUGGUUUGUCUCAACACCAAGACUUGUCCCUAUGUUUCCUUCCGUGUGCCUGAUCCCAACCAGAAUGAUGGACCUGGUGUGGAACGGCCAUCCACAGAGCUCUGAAGGGAACAGACAACAGUAUUUUGGAGGAGAGAACUUUACAUUUGUCAUCCCAGAAUGCUGAGUCCUGGGUUUAUAGUCUUAUUCAUUGGGUUUCUGAUUUGACAUCAAGAACAUCAAGGCUGACAUUUAGAGCUUGGGUCUCUCACCCAUUAUCAAGAAUAUUGUGGUCUUGUUGGCCAAUCUAGAAUGCUGAAUUUCUGGUUAAUCAUCCAUAAUGCUAGGGGUGUUUCUUAUUUGGCAUGACUGAACAUUGGGUUCAUUGCUGAGACAAGCAAGAACACCAGAUUUCUGUGUGAUUUGGAACAUAGGCAUUCUAGAAUGUGGCAUUCCUGAUGAAAUUAUCUAGAAAGUUAGGGUGUUCUUGUUCUGCAUUUUAGAAUUCUGGGUGGCUUUUCAUAAUUUGACUUUCUAAUUGGCAUUUAAGAAUGUUCUGGUCCUUUGUGUGGAACUAACCUUGAUUUCUCUUUCACUAAGGAAAAACAAAAGUGUUCUAUAACUGUGAAAAAAGCCAACAACAAUGAAUGCUGUGGUCCUGGCUGCUGAUUUAGAGCAGUGGUUGCAAUGACAAAUCAACCUUUACCUGAAUGUCUAGAAUGUUAAUUUGAUUCACUUCCCUGUUUGGGAGAAUCUAACAUUUAAUAAAGAUGCAUACUUAGA